AUGCAGCCACCACUGGGGAAUGUUUCCAGUGUUUUAGUAUUUACACUCUCUGGUCUGAAUGAAAGCAUGGAAAACAGAUAUGUGUUUUUUUCUUUGACUGCAUUGUAUUAUCCAUUAAUUGUGUUGUGUAAUGUAACUGUAAUUUACACCAUAAUCUCACACAAGAAGCUUCAUGACCCAAUGUAUGUGUUUAUAUGUAAUCUGUGUAUGAAUGCACUUUAUGGCACUGCUGGAUUCUACCCCAAAUUUAUGUAUGAUUUGUUAACCCAGUAUCAUGUUAUUUCUUAUGCUGAAUGUUUGAUUCAGAUAUUUGUUAUCUAUUCAUCUGUUUUGUGUGACAUUUCAACAUUAACAGUGAUGGCAUAUGACAGGUAUGUGGCCAUAUGUAGACCACUAGAGUAUCAUUCAGAAAUGACUAAUAAGAGGGUUACUGAAUGUAUCCUUCUCUGCUGGCUUUCACCAUGCUUUUGUAUGUGUGUUGUAAUUGCAUUAACAUCAAGACUCACCUUAUGUGGCUCUAGUAUUGAAAAGUUAUAUUGUGAAAACUGGUCAGUUGUUAAACUGUCCUGUUUUUCUACAACAGUAAAUAAUGUGAUUGGGUAUGCUAUCAUUGUUGUAUACUUUGGACACGCAGUAUUGAUAUUUUACUCAUAUAUGCAUUUGAUUGGAAAAUGCAGAAAGUCAAUAGAGGGAAGGUACAAAUUUAUACAGACAUGUGUACCUCAUCUGCUUGCAUUACUCAAUGUAACUGUUGCAUUGCUGUUUGAUGUAUUGUACAGUCGGUAUGGUUCAAAGCAUUUGCCGCAAGACGUGCGUAAUUUCAUGGCAUUGGAAUUCCUACUAAUACCCCCCAUUUUAAAUCCCCUUAUUUAUGGAGUAAAUCUGACAAAACUGCGGAAGCAAGUUAUUAAGUUGUUUUGCAGGAAACAAGUGGGGAUGUCCGAGUAA